AUGAUUUCUCUUAAAGUUGUGACGUUAUUCUUUGUCUUGUCCGGGAGUUUUGGAUCUGAAAAAUAUCAAUUAAACUCUCUGAUUGAAAGGAUUUACAGUGAAAGUAAUUCGGCAGCACUGUUAUUUAUACAAAUGGACAAUAAACUUUUGAGUGAUUUUUUUAGCAUGAAUUUUGAAAUGCAAGUGUCAAUUUUCAAUAGCUACGCCAACGCCACAACGGACUAUUUAAAAAGCUUCGAUUUCAAUAAAAUCCUAGUUGUACAGACUCCGAAGAAGAACUAUCAAUUCUUAACUGACAAAGUUAUUCCGAAACUAAGCCGUCGACAGUUUGUCAUAAUUGCAUCAUCGAAUAUGGAUCAUCUAAGGGAAUCAUUUGUGUACUUUUUGGAAAAGAAAUUCACUCAAAUCUACGGUACCGUAAAUGACACUUCAUAUGGUUAUCUUCCUUUUGCUGCUAAACGAGUUCAGGAGUUUUCAGAAAAGACUAAACUUUUUGAUGCAUACCAAAAUUUAAAUGGCUACCCGGUUCCCAUUACAAUCGAACAAGAUAUUCCAAGAGUUUUCAACUAUCCCAGCAAAAGAUUACCGUAUGUUAGAAUAGGAGGGUUUUUUGGCAAUAUAUUCAAAUUCUUUUUGAUCACCUACAACGGGACAUAUAAUAAUAUUCAAAUUGAAAACUGCACUGACCAAUGCAUAAAUAGUAUCGAUGCAACUCUUGACAAUCGAGUCGACAUAAGUACAAAUGUAUAUUCGAUGGGCUCAAUUCCAGAGCUAGAUAACAGCUACCCUGUGAGGAAUACAUUCAAGACGGUAUUGGUUCCGAUAAUUGACCAUUUGGACACGAAUCAGUACUUUUUGAGACCAUUUUCGUACAUAGCGUGGAUAUGCAUAGGUUUGACCCUUGUCUACUUGGUCCUCAUGGAUUACAUUAUAACCAGCUAUCUAAUGAAGGGGGCGGAUAUUUGGCAGAGUUUCAAAUUAAUAUUUCUUAUGAUGAUGGGUUUACCGGCGGGACGGCAAUUAACACAGAACUACCGAUUUUACAUCCAAGUCAUAUUAGUUGCUUUCAUUCUCGAUAACAUCUAUAUCAAUUAUGUGACGUCAUUUUUGACAGUUUUCAUUAAAAUCAAUCAGUUUGACACUAAAGAAGACUUCUACGCACACAAUGUUCGAAUAAUGUUACCUUUUUCGGAAUUUAAUCGAACCGCCUACACUGGAAUGUAUCCGGAGAAUUUCGAAGAGCUCUUCAAACCUGUGUCACUCGAAGAAUAUUUGACAAAACGUAAUGCAAUGAAUGACACUAGAAAUGCCUAUUUGACAGAUUCUGAUGUAGCUGAAUUCUUAAUAGAGUUGCAGUCAUUAUUUACGAAGCCACUGUUUCGAAUAAUAAGAAGACCUUUAAAUGGCGCACAAUUAUGUUUUGUUUUGCCAAAACAUUCCCCAUUUAAGGCAGUAUUAAAUCGGUACAUACUUAAUCUUCAGCAAACGGGACUGAUCCAGAAAUGGGAUCGUAAUGUUCUUUAUGAAAGUUUAAAGGCAAAAUUCAAGGGAAUUGCAAAUCGCAGGACCUAUGAACCACCAUUGAAUACACCAUUAUCAUUGGAUCACUUGGAGUUUGCUUGGAAUAUUUUAAUAGUUGGCAUAUCGUUGGCCCUGUUGGCAUUUGUUGGAGAAAGAUAUGGGAAAACUUGGAAGAAUCGAUUAUCCUUUUGGAAAUAUUCGUUGGGAUUCAAAACUAAAGUUUCAAUUCAUAAAAAUCGAAUGUUGUGA